AUGGAGACAGCUGAACAAAUGAACUUGUAUUCACUUACAAGAAUGGCACUAACCCUGGGGCCUGGUUUGGGAUUUUUUCUAGCCCUCUAUUCAUGUACCUUAAAGGAAAGAAAAGAUAUAUUUGACAAAGAACAUCGUAUAGAAGACACACCCUAUGCCAAAAUAAAAGACAGCUACGAUUUCAUAAUAGUCGGAGGAGGCAGUGCAGGAACAGUCCUGGCAAACAGACUAUCAGAAAAUCCAUAUUGGGACGUGUUACUUUUGGAAGCGGGACCUGACGAAAUUAGCCUUACCGAUAUGCCCAUUCUGUUUGCAGCAUUACAACAAACGCCAUUUGAUUGGCAAUAUAAAAGCCAGGGGAAAAAUACUGCCAAGCCAUGA